UACUUAAUUCCGGUGCUUGUUAACUCAAGAUCGAUUGUCUCUCCCAGUUUCUCUACACAGCUCCCAUCAUCAACCAAACAGCCGUAUAAUCCGGCUUCAACUGGCUUCAAUUUUCCCAACCACAUCUCUCUCCUAAACCCUUUCCCCAAUCAUCACUCUAUAUAUACUCUCAUUUCCUCUUCACAUCUCUGCAUGCAUUCACUGCCAACGAAACAAAAUCAGCAAUGGAAACUCUAUUUCUUCUCUUCAGCGUGGCCGCCGCAACUUUAGCCUAUGUUCUUUGGUUCCACCUCCUCGCCCGCCAGCUGACCGGCCCCAAGGUCUGGCCGUUGGUGGGAAGCCUCCCGGUUCUCUUCAUCAACCGUGGCCGAAUCCACGACUGGAUCGCAGAAAACCUCCGCGCUACGGGCUGCGCUGCCACCUACCAGACAUGCACCGUCUGUAUCCCUUUUCUUGCGCGGAGGCAAGGAUUUUAUACCGUUACUUGCCACCCGAAAAACAUCGAGCAUAUUCUCCGAACCCGGUUCGAGAAUUACCCGAAAGGGCCAACUUGGCAAACCGCUUUCCAUGAUCUGCUGGGCCAAGGGAUUUUUAACAGCGAUGGAGAAACGUGGCUGAUGCAGCGGAAGACGGCGGCUCUCGAGUUCACGACCCGGACGCUCCGGCAAGCCAUGUCCCGGUGGGUGAACCGCACCAUCAAGACCCGGCUAUGGCGGAUUUUGGAGAAGGCUUCAACGGAGAAAACUUCGGUUGAUUUACAGGAUUUGUUGCUUCGGUUGACAUUUGAUAAUAUUUGUGGACUCACGUUUGGGAAGGACCCGGAAACGCUCUCGCCGGAGCUGCCGGAUAAUCCGUUUUCCAUAGCGUUUGAUUCCGCCACAGAAGCGACUCUGCAACGCUUGCUUUACCCGGGUUUUCUAUGGAGGUUGAAGAAGGUUCUCGGCUUCGGAGCCGAACUGAGACUGAAGAAGAGCCUCGACGUCGUUGAAAACUACAUGUCCGAAGCUUUAUCAGACAGAAAAGAAACGCCGUCCGACGAUCUCUUGUCCCGGUUCAUGAAGAAGCGAGAUGUCGACGGCAAUCUUUUCCCGAGCUCCGUUCUCAAGCGCAUCGCUCUGAACUUCGUACUCGCCGGCCGCGACACCUCUUCCGUGGCUCUCAGCUGGUUCUUCUGGCUGGUCAUGAACAACCCACGAGUAGAAAGAAAGAUCAUCGACGAAAUCACGGCCGUUCUCCGAGAAACCCGUGGCGAAGAUCCACGAAAAUGGGUCGAAGACCCUCUGGUCUUCGACGAAGCGGACCGGCUGGUUUAUCUGAAGGCGGCAUUGGCGGAGACGCUGAGGCUGUACCCGUCGGUGCCUGAGGACUUCAAGUACGUGGUUUACGACGACGUUUUGCCGGACGGCACUCGGGUUCCGGCAGGUUCGACGGUGACGUACUCGAUAUACUCGGUGGGGAGGAUGGAGACUAUAUGGGGGGAAGACUGCAUGGAGUUUAGACCGGAGAGGUGGCUGUCGGCCGGAGGGGACCGGUUUGAACCGCCCAAAGACGGGUACCGGUUCGUGGCGUUCAACGCCGGUCCAAGGACUUGUCUGGGGAAGGACUUGGCGUACCUGCAGAUGAAGUCGGUGGCGUCGGCAGUGCUGCUCCGGUACCGGCUAUCGGCGGUUCCGGGUCACCGGGUGGAGCAGAAGAUGUCGCUGACGCUGUUCAUGAAGAAUGGGCUUCGGGUGUACUUGCACCCACGUGCGGUCGGGGGCAUAGGGGAGGAAGGGUGUUUUCGUGUUUUGGGGUACGAAGACAACUGGGUCAAAAGGGCGUAGUGGUUGUUUCAUCUGUAUUUACGACCUUUGUCA